GCAUACACCGGAAAGGGCCGUAUGAUAUUGCCAUUGUCCGCCACCGUAGGUCAGUGUGGACUACACUUGCACGCAUUCAUCGGAGCGCAGUAUAAGUCAGGGUCAGUUACCAGUUACAACACCUUUAGUUUUGCUACAAACCCCUAUUUCAGAGUUGCCAAACCGUGGAGUAUAAAGACACAGAGUGGCCUACAGUCUGCAGUCAGUCAGCAUUCAAACUCCUUUUGAGAAACAACGAACGGAACUCAACAUGAACUUCAAGCUUGUGGUUGUCCUCGUCGCCGCCCUCGUGGCCAUCGCCUCGGCUGACGGCGGGUUCAGGGGCAGCCAAUUCAGUGGCCGACAGUUCAACAAGGGUGGACGCUUCAACAACUUCGGACGCUUCAACAGCGGCUUCAACAGCGGCUUCGGCAAGGGCGGCAACAGGUUCAUCGGCGGCGGACAGCGGUUCAACAGCGGCUUCAACAAGUUCAACUCUGGCUUCAGCUCUGGCUUCAACUCCGGCUACGGCGGAGGUCGUCUGCACGGCUCUGACAUUGGCAGCGGCUCCUUCAACCGGUUCCGCAGUGGCGGCGGCUACUUCUAG